AUGUCGCAGCCCAGCGGGGCAGUGGAGGAUGGCGGGCGGAGCACUUCACCCAGCUCACUGAAGCGGAAACGCGAAGCACACAGACUACCCCCUUCUGACCUCCCCCAAAGCAGUGCUGCCAAGGCUGCCAACCUCACCAACGGCGCAUCUUCACAAACCGCGUCGCGCCAAAACAACACCUCGUCAGACCCGCGACCACAACCUCACACGCAAUACCGCUCACCAGACUCCGACGAGAUGCAGACUUCGGACUCGGGAGAUCUCCUCCGCGGCAUUGGCUCGGCAAGCUCCCUCAACAGCACCGCUUCCUCAGUCUUCAGCCACAGUUCACAGGCUGUCGCACAAAACCGCAAAGCUUCACUUGCCAACGGCUUCACCCCGCUCACAUCCCACUCCGAGUCUUCGCCUCGCAAAGGCAACAGCCCGGACUACGCGAAGAGCGGCGCCGCCACCUCUCACAUGCCUACCACAGAUAUCACUCCCGACCCUCAAACCCGAACAACGCGUCCUCAGAUGCUGCCGCCACCCGGCAAAGCGAAAGGGUACAAAGUGGUUUAUGAUCCAGAACUCGACGGCAAGCUCAGCAGGGAAGAUCGGAAGCGCGCACAACCAAGGCGAAGAGAGUUUGGCACAGAGACAUACCAACCGGAUCCGCCACCAGAUCCACGGCUCGCAAUUCCUGGCUACAUGUCAGGUUUGUGCCGAUCGAAGAACGCUCCGAGUAAAGCAAUUCUGAGGCCUGCGCCGUACGAUGUUGCGCCUUGGAAGGUUGACAAGUACUCCGUUAAUGGCGAAGCUACACAAGUGGUCGCGAGUGGAUUCGAUCCAUUCCUUCCGGAGUCGACCAUCAAGCUCAACUUUGGUACGUUUGGCAGCGUUGCGUCUGUGCAGAACAAGACGGACCCCGAGACGGGCAGCUUUCUCGGCAUCGCUCUGAUUAAGUAUCGGGAGGUGUCAGAGGGUAUGGCAGCGGAGAGCGCGAAGCGGGCGGAGCGCGAGUUCAAUGGGCAGCGGAUUGGUGUGCACACAGUCAUUGUUGAGCUGGAUCGCGAGGGACGCAAGUGCAAGCGCAUGGUAGAGCAGGUGCUGAAGAAGACAAGAGAGCAGCGAGCGAAAGAGCGCAAGGCGAGCCAUGUACCUCCGCCUCCACCUCCGAUGGAAUCACGGCGCAGCUCGACCGACACACCAGCACCACCCAUGAACGCGCCAAAGGGACCCUCAGGCAAGGCGGUGAAGAUCCCUGAAGGCCCAAAAGCAGUUGCACCACCUCCGAACCCUAGAUCUGCAGCUGCGUCGCUCAUUGAGACCGAGUUGAUUCUUAGUAAGAUCAAGCGGAAGCCGUACAUCCACAUCCCGCAUGACUCGGUUCCAGUACUGGGCACGACCAUUCCGCACUUGAAGAAGCGCCUAAAAGCCUACGACUGGCGCGAAGUCCGUCUGGACAGGACUGGAUACUACAUCGUCUUCGAGGACUCUAAGCGGGGUGAGGAUGAGACUGAGCGAUGUUUCGCCGAGUGCAACAAGGCUGCUUUGUUCACCUACAACAUGGACAUGGAGUGCCAGAAGUAUGGCAAUCCGAACUACGAGCGGAGCCCCAGUCCCGAGCGUGUCAUGGCGGUCAAGCAGAAGAAGGAGCACUUUGAGCGACUGAAGCGUGAAGAGGCAGACGAUUUGGAGAUUGAAAAGAAGAACAGAGCUGAAAAUAUGGAUUCUGUGCUGGGUGCGCUUGAACAGCUGAAGGUCGAGCUUCGCGACAGGAUAAUGAGCGACGUCAAGACCAGGAUCGCCAUACCCAUCUUCCACGACAGUCUUGACCCGACGAGACAUACUGCGAAGCGAAGGAAGCUCGGUUUACCAGAUCCGUCAGACAAUGAGAACAAAGCGCCAGGUCUUCUUUUCAACAAAGCCGGCGAUACACCUCCCCACACUCCGAGAUCUCGCUUUGGCCAUCCGUCAAAGCCAUUGCGACCGCAUGAUCCGAAUUCGCAGCGCGGCAGGAAAGGUGACCGUGAGCGCGAGCGAGACAGAGGGCCUACGAACGCGUUUCUGGACGACAGGAGGCGGCGACCUGCGCCUAAGCCUUCGCAUGCCAGGGGACUGCACUACCGCCUUCAGCAGAUGUUUGCUGAUGAGGAGGACUCCGACGACGAAAGGCAUACAUCGAUUACGCGCGACACCGAAGACCAGGAAAGCAGGCCGCUCAGCCGAGCGAGCAGAACGUCCACGCCCUUCGAGUCUGAGUCUGUGUCAGAGACGCCAAAGCACAAGCGGCGGAAGAUUGCAGACGAGGAGGAGGGGGAGAAGGAGACGUUCGACGCUUUCCAGAAGAGCAUGCUUGGUCAUCUUCUGCAUAAGGAGCCGGAGGACCUCGCUACUCGGGAGCUGGAGAUGGUGAUUAGCAACCUACCGCGAGAGUCGCCCUACUGCGCUCGUGCGAAGACGGAGCUGUAUAUUCGCAAGCGGUCGAAGGCGGACGAUGACCUGUUCCAAGUCAAGAGCGAGUCGAAGAAGAGCGUGGCUCAAGAUGUUGUUGAAGAUGUGGAGAUGUUGGAUCGAGAACACGACAGUACACCUGCACGAGAUCUCGCUGUCAAGGCUGUGAAAGAGAAGGCCAAGAAGAAGCGAAAGACAAAGAAGGAGAUCUUGGCUGAGCAGGAAGCGCUCAAGGCUGAGGCGAAGGAGGCCAAAGCUGCGAGCCAGCCUGUGGCUCCAGAGACGGUCGAGAAGAUUGAAGAAAAGAAGCUGGAGUUGCGGGCCGUGGAGGAGGUUGAGCCGGAAGAGGACCACCUUCGCCUGACGCAUGACAAGCCGCGGCGGACUGUUGAGGACGACCGAGAUUUGAUACUCGACAUCGAUGGAUGGCAGCAUGCAGUGAAGGAUGACGAGGAUCUCGCUUUCCUCCGCAGAGCUCUCGCAGAAGAAGCCGCAUACGAUCUUGGCGACGAGAAGGUCUGGGCGUGGAAGCAGAAGGAGAUCAAGGCUCUCAAUACUGGUGCUCGUGGUAUGGUCCACACCGAAACCAUCAUCGAAGGCUACUACGUUCCCAAUGCGACCGGCAGCGCCCGCACCGAAGGCGUAAAGAAGAUCCUCAACGAAGAGAAGAGCAAAUACCUCCCUCACCGCAUCAAGGUCCAGAGAGCGCGCGAAGAGCGUCAAGCCUUGUUAAAGUCCGACCCAACUGCCGCAGCCGAAACAGUCAAGAUCACUGCCGCAGAGAAGAUGGCUUCCACGGCCACAUCCCGAAGCAACCGUGUCAACAACCGCCGCCUCGUCAACGACAUUGCCCUCCAAAAGCAAUCUCUCGCCUCCGACGCUGACGUCGUCAUCCGCUUCAACCAGCUCAAGAAGCGCAAGAAACUCGUCAAAUUCGACCGCUCCGCCAUCCACGGCUGGGGCCUCUACGCCGAGGAGAACAUCGCCGUCAACGACCUCAUCAUCGAGUACGUGGGCGAAAAGGUGCGGCAGAAGGUCGCCGACAUGCGCGAGCUGCGGUACGAGAAACAGGGCGUCGGCUCUUCGUACUUGUUCCGCAUGAUGGACGAUGAGAUUGUGGACGCGACGAAGAAGGGCGGGAUCGCGCGCUUCAUCAAUCACAGCUGCAGUCCGAAUUGCACGGCGAAGAUUAUUAAGGUAGAGGGCACGCCGAGGAUUGUGAUUUAUGCGCUGAAGGAUAUUGGGAAGAACGAGGAGUUGACGUACGACUACAAAUUCGAGCGCGAGAUUGGCUCGACGGAUCGGAUCCCGUGCCUUUGCGGGAGUGCGAAUUGCAAAGGCUUCCUCAACUAG